UGGGGCCCCCGGGCAAUAGGGGAUCAUGGGGCCCCUGUGUCCUUGCCCAAACUCAAAAGAGCCUAUGAAAAAGGUACCAGGGGCAUCUCAUGGGGCCCCCUACUGACCCCGGGCCCUCGGCAGUGCCCAAAUUUCCAAAUGGUUAGUCCGCCCCUGGGCACAAAGGAGUUCCCUAACAGGGACGAACUGACAACUCAUGGGGCCCCCGGGCAAUAGGGGAUCAUGGGGCCCCUGUGUCCUUGCCCAAACUCAAAAAAGCCUAUGAAAAAGGUACCAGGGGCAUCUCAUGGGGCCCCCUACUGACCCCAGGCCCUCAGGCAGUGCCCGAGUUUCCAAAUGGUCAGUCCGCCCCUGCUUCC